AUGUCGCUCAUCCAAGAUUACCCGUGGGUCAAGAAGCCUCUGGUAGUUUGCCCCCCAAUGGGAGGAUUUGCCUUUCACAAACUGGCCUGCACAGUGUCUCGAGCAGGCGGUCUAGGCUUCAUUGGAUCGACAAACAACAUGCCGCAAUUGGAGAAAGAACUUGCGCUCGCCAAAGAGCACCUGAACUUGAGCACGGCCAAAGGAACGUUACCAAUCGGAGUGGGAUUCCUCGUAUUCAUCGCAGACCUUGAGGCUGCAGCGAAGAUUGUUGAAGAUUAUCGGCCAGCUGCCGUUUGGCUCUUCGCGGCAAAAUCGACUGGUGACUACAAAACUUGGACUGAGCGAAUGAGAAAGGCUAGUCCCGAGUCAAAAGUAUGGAUACAAAAUGGACUCGUGACAACAGCACUGGCGAUCGCAAAGGCAUGCAAGCCGGAUGUGCUGGUAAUGCAAGGAACAGAUGCCGGAGGCCACGGAUAUGAAAAAGGUGCUGGAGUGAUCAGCUUGGUGCCAGAAACUUUGUCCGCGCUCGAUGCUGCCGGACUAUCGAGCAUCAAAGUCGUUGCCUCUGGCGGCAUCGCGGAUGGCCGAAGUGUAGCAGCUGCUCUCGCACUAGGAUCCUCUGGUGCCGUGAUGGGGACUCGAUUCUUAGCGUCCGAGGAGAUCGUCCUUCCGGCUCCCGGAUAUCGCGAUGCCGUGCUCAAGGCGAAAGACGGCGGUCAGUCAACUGUGAAGUCCAAGGUCUUUGACGAGCUGCGUGGCCCAAAUAUAUGGCCCGUCGAGUAUGAUGGGCGCAGCAUCGCCGUGGACAGCUACCAGGAUUGGAGCGCAGGGAUGAGCAUUGACGAGCUCCGCAAGUUACACAAGGAAGCUGAAGGGACGGAAACUAAGGGCUUCAGCGCGCUUAAAGGCGAAGCACGGGCAGCUGUGUGGGCCGGCACUGGUGUCGGCUUCGUUGACAAGGUCGAGAGCGCUGCCGAUAUUGUACAACUUGUGAGGAAAGAUGCGAUUGAUGCAAUGGAGAAGGCUAGAUCGCUUCUAUAAACAACCGAACGAAUACCAAAUAUCAUCAAAGUUUUGGAUGACGGAUGACAGCAAAGACGUUAUUUGAGGCCAAAAGAUACUCAAGC